CAGCUACAUAGGCGUGGCUAUUUAUUUUACGAUUAAUUUAAUUAACAAAUUUCGAUUAUGCAUAUAAUUACUGAUGUCACCUUUUAAUUGUAAUUUCGUCGUGCUGCGUUCGUUAGCUGUGACGCCGCAUUGUGAAGAUGGAGGGAAGUAACACUGGCAGCAUAUCGCCAGCGCGCGUGAAGGCGGAGCCCGAGACUGCGGAUACGGACCAGUCGGGACGAGUCGUUGUUAAGGAGGAAGCUGAAUUCACGGACGAAGAGUAUGUGAAGGAGGAGUGUGAGGACAGCACAGCCGGGUGCGGCGUGAGCGAGGCAGCCAUGCUGGCCGGCCUGUACGACGAGCACGUGGUCAAGGACGAGCUCGUGCUGGGGCCGGAGCGCCCGCAUCGACCCAUAGUCGCCAUGGAGCUGAGAGCGUCCGCUCUCGUCUCCUCUGCUGUGGUGUCGGGUCGGCGCGGCUCGUGCUCGGUCAGGCUGGAGCGCCUGCUGGUGGACGCGGCGCGGCGCACCUGCCGGGUCGGGCGCCGCACAUACAAGCUGCACGCCACCGAGCCCGCACCCACACCCCAUGUCACCGCCACCAUCUAUCAAUGUCACCAUUGCGGCAAACGGUUCAGGAACAAGUCGGUUUUGGAGAAACACAUACGCACUCAUUUGUCGUUAGGGCCGUCGCGUAAUUCCACCCGAGAGAAUAUUGGUUUAGAUCGUCAACAAAUGCCAAAUAGAAACAGAAAACCUAGCGGCAAAGUUUUUAAAUUUGAUUACGAGUCCAAUAAAAAAAAUCACUCAGGAAAUCACAAGAAGACAUACAUUCGUGAAAAGCGAUUUAAAUGUAAGUACUGCGACUACAAAUGCAUUUAUAAUAAUAUGUUACAGAAUCAUAUGAUGACUCACUCUGGCGAAAAGCCAUUUAAAUGUAAACACUGUGACUACAAGUGCAUUACGAAAUAUAUGUUAAAGAAUCAUCUGAUGAUUCACACUGGUGAAAAGCCAUUUAAAUGUAACUACUGCGAUUUCCGGUGCAAUUUAAAAGGUAAUUUGCAGAGGCACCUGUUAACUCAUACUGAUGAAAAACCUUUGAAUUGUAAGCACUGUGACUACAAGUGCAUUAAGAAAAAUAUGUUACAGAAACAUAUGAUGACUCACACUGGUGAAAAGCCAUUUAAAUGUAACUACUGUGACUACAAGUGUAUUUUGAAAAAUAAGUUACAGAAUCAUCUGAUGACUCACACUGGCGAAAAGCCAUUUAAAUGUAGCUACUGCGAUUACCGGUGCAUUUUAAAACGUUAUUUGCAGAGGCACCUAUUAACUCAUACUGAUGAAAAACCUUUGAAUUGUAAGCACUGUGACUACAAGUGCAUUUCGAAAUAUAUGUUACAGAAUCAUAUGAUGACUCACACUGGUGAAAAGCCAUUUAAAUGUAGCUACUGCGAUUACCGGUGCAAUAUAAAAGGUAAUUGGCAGAGGCACCUAUUAACUCAUACUGAUGAAAAACCUUUCAUUUGUAACGACUGUGACUACAAGUGCAUUACGAAAUAUAUGUUACAGAAACAUAUGAUUACUCACACUGGUGAAAAGCCAUUUAAAUGUAGCUACUGCGAUUUCCGGUGCAAUUUAAAAGGUAAUUUGCAGAGGCACCUAUUAACUCAUACAGGUGAAAAACCUUUCAGUUGUAACGACUGUGACUACAAGUGCAUUUCGAAAUAUUUGUUACAGAAUCAUAUGAUGACUCACACUGGUGAAAAGCCAUUCACAUGUAGCUACUGCGAUUACCGGUGCAAUAUAAAAGGUAAUUGGCAGAGGCACCUAUUAACUCAUACUGUUGAAAAGCGGCGCCCGUUCCGUGCCAGCUAAUGAAUAUUGUAUAAAAUCCAUUUUAAAAUAAAAAGAGUAAUCCACGUUUUAUAUAUAUUAAAAACGGGUCACUCA